CGUUUUCUGCUCCUUCGCAGAUAGGUUGAAGGGCAGUUGACAUCCCCUGUGCAGCUUCUGAACGCUUGCAAUUGGUAGCGGUAAGAACAGGCGAGUACUGCAAUCAAUAAGGAAUGUCUAGGCAGGCCGAGCGUGCAAGCUGACAAACAUCUUCAUGAGAUCUCGACAAACUUGAACGGUCUGACAGUUCACUUGUCAUGGCGUCCCGAUACUAGAAGGGAUUGAGAGUGGGCUGGGAUGCACUUAGUUACUGUAGAGCGAAGGGCGCAGUCUUGAAAGACUUGAGAGGCGAGAAAGAGAUGGCAGUGUUGCCGUACAAUACUGUGCCCCGGACGACGAUGCAGAGCCAGGGCAUGAUCGAAGAGUUCCGUCAUUACCUCCUGGAGGACGACGAUAACUGCCUUCCUGAGGAACAUUUUUUGCCACCAGCGCACAUGAUGGUGUUAGGAGGGGACUUGAGCACGGAGGCUUUCUUCAAGAGCCUGAUUUCGCCCAUGCCGUCUCCCAAAAGUGGGUUUGGCUGUAGAGAAGUCAUGCCAAUUUGGUCUUGCGCUGGAUCACAGAUCGACGGAGCUGCCGACGAGCGGGAGUUCAGUGACAGCCAACCGCGGGUACAGGACCGACAUCAAGUGAUCAGUAACCGUACAGGGCGACCGCUACCCACUCUGACGCUUCCGGAUAGCUUCUUGGCGACCAAACGAUCAUCGAAAUGCAUUGUCUCCGAGAGCACGACUCUCUCCGGUAUUUCGAAAUCUUCGUCUGAAAAUGAGGAGUCGGAGAAUAUGUUCUUCCUGAGCGUUCUGCGAGAUCAUGAGAGUAAGGUUGAGGGGUGGUAUGAUCCAGCGCCGUACUCCAAAACAGACCCAUGCUCAUCUCAAAUUCAGUCGUCGUCGUCCCAGGGAACCGAGCCAAUUCCGACUGCAAUGAGGCAAUCGAUUGUGGCACAGCAGGAAGGUAGCGUCGAGCAGAAGUCGAUGAGUAUCGAUUCUGUGCCAUCAAACAACUCGGAGUCCUCUCCAAGCGUGCCCAGAUCUACUACCUUGAAACUGCCCAGAUCCUUGAACUACCGAGGCGUCCGACGACGACCAUGGGGCAAAUUCGCUGCUGAAAUCCGCGACUCUGCACAGAAUGGCGCCCGUAUCUGGCUCGGCACAUACGAUACAGCUUACGAUGCGGCUUGUGCAUAUGACCAGGCGGCUUUUGAGAUGCGCGGAUGCAAGGCUCUCUUGAAUUUCCCCCUGAAGGCCAACAUCUAUGCAGCUAACUUGGCCGGGAAAAACUCUGAGGACCAUCGUCCCUCUGACUCUUCCUCCUCAGGGUCACCCGUUCUGAGAACGCCGAAUAAGAUCCAAGUUCCGGUGUCGGUCUCCACCGAAAGACUGCACCCACAUUACCAGCGAGAUAGCUUUCCUUCUAGGGUCACCAGCUAUGGAAGUCCAACUUUUCCUGGCAGUCGAAUCUCACCGACUCCACUAUCCAUGCAAUCUCCAUCUCAGAGCGGUGGCAUAUCCCCAGAGAUGCAGUUCCGAGCCGCCUUAUGGUUGCAGCGUGCCGCUGCAAGCGUUCAGGAAUCCUCCUCUCUGUCUCCCUACAUACAAAUGGCACAGCUUCUGGGAGCCAGGCAACGCAUUGCUGCUGUACCGCCAUACUAUGACGAUUUCACGCCAUCCCAGCAGAUUCCUGAUGUGCGAGGCUAUCCAUUCCCUGCCCAGGCCGCCAUGGAUUAUCACGAUGCCAUAGCCCAGCGACAGAGUGCUUCCGAGCCAAUGGACCCGCCGGCUGCAGUCUCCUUCCGAAGCAGGGUCAAGAGGUCACGCUCCCGAGAGCUCUGGGAAGAAUCUGUGAAGCGAACCUGCCGGGGGGGUCUGUGGCAGCACCAAGUCCCCGUCAGAUUUUACUAAUCCACCUAGCAAGUCCAUUAUUUGAAUGGUUUUGACGGUUUUACAGUCUCUCCAAUUUUGCUCUUGUGGAGAUCGGGGCCAUGGAAUUAUAGGAUCUGAAUAUGUGACAAACAGACGUCGAGGCCAUGGAGUUACAGACCCGAUACCAUAUGCACGUCUUGACAGGGGACACCUGAUAUUACGUCUCUGGAUAUUUCACUUGGGACUAUACCAAAUGAAAAAGCCUACCACAUGAUUCUGGUCCAGAGGUCUUUGAGACUCAGGGAAUUCAUGAGGGGUUUGGGUGGUCGCCAUGGCGCACCUGGUUUGAAAGUAGAUUUUGCAGUUAAUUGGUAGCACUGAUGUGUACGCCUAGACUGCAAGUAAACCAUUCACAAGAGUUCCAUGAGAAGAGAAUUUACGAUGCGCCGAAGUGGCCAAUUAAAGAUGAAAGAUUAUUAUAUUUGUACAUGUAAAGUAUCGUAAUUGUAGAACUGGUAGUAAGGUAGAGGGUGACAUUUCCAGGGCAGCCAAAAGGCAUGCUUUGGAAGACAUUGUGUAGAGUACUCUGCUGUGUGCAGGCACAUGUAAAGACCGAUACCACUCUAAUCUGUAAAUUACAACAUGAGCCCACCUGACAUGUUGCAAAUCUGUUUGAUACAA